AGUAUCAUGAUUUCGAAGAGUUAGUUACAUAGACUUUCCUAGGCAUGUAACCAAUUGUGUAUCUUUAUUCUUUCCCCAUUUGACAGCUCUUGUUAUAAGUUAUAUCAGAUCUUAAACAAGGGAAGCAGAUCCCAAAAUCAUGCAUUAUUAAUGAAACGAAGAUCAUGAGCUCAUGAAGUCAACUUCACUCACAGCACAUAAAAACAAACACUUCCCUUAGCUUCAAAAUCCAGAGACUACAUUGCAAACUGCAAACCCAUCUCUCAUCCAUCACCUUUCUUUCUUCGUUCUGAUUCAAUCUGAUCUGCUGCUGCAUUUGAGAUUCAAUCAUGGCUGCAAAACUUGAUGGUGGAGCUUAUCUCACUUCUUUCGUUGAUGCUGUUUUAGACAAGUUGUCUUCAAUACUUGAAGAUGACUCUGUCCUUAAAGGAAACUACUCUGCCCAGGAGUUGCUUGGAAGGUUGGAGAAAAGUCUGUAUGAUGUUGGACCUGUUCUUGAUGAUGCUGAGCAGAAGCAGUUCAUUGACAAGAGAGUCAAGAAGUGGCUUGUUGAUCUCCAAGAUGCUCUUUAUUUUGCUGAUGACUUGCUUGAUGAACUCUCUACUAAGGCCGCCAUCGCGGCUACUCAAGGGGAUCCAGGUAACUCUUCUUCCUGCUCUCGUCUUGUUGAUUCGUAUAUUGAAGAUAAUGGCGACAUGGAAAAAAUAGUUGGCAAACUAGAGUCUCUUGUAGAACGAAAAGCUAAACUUGGUCUAGAAAAGAGUGCCAAGUUGGACACAUCAUGGAGAAUUCCAUCCACAUCUCUCGUUGUAAGUUCUGACAUAUUCGGUCGGGACAAAGAGAAGAGAGAGAUAAUCAAACUGUUGCUAGAUGAUUCUGAAUCACCUCUUACUCUGAUCCCAAUUUGGGGUAUGGGUGGAAUAGGAAAAACUGCUCUGGCUCAACUGGUUUACAGUGAUGCCGAAGUAGUGGGAAAAUUUGACACUAGAGCUUGGGUGUGUGUUGCUGAAAAUUUUAAUCCUAUUAGCCUUACAAGAACUAUACUAGAGAAAAUAACUUGUAGUUCUUAUAAGAGGGAUGAUUUUGAUUCACUUCAAACUCAUCUGAAACAAAAGUUGAUAGGAAAAACAUUCUUAGUUGUUUUAGAUGAUGUCUGGCAUGAUCAACAAGACAUUUGGGAGGAUCUUCUAAAACCUUUUCGCUACGGCAAUCACGGAAGUAAAAUCCUUUUGACAACCCGUAGUGAAAAGGUUGCUUCUGUGGUUGCAACUACCGAUCUACAUUACCAACUGAGUUUGUUGUCUAAUGAAGAUUGCUGGUUAAUAUUUUCAAAACACGCACGUCUUUCUGCUGAUUCUAUGAAGAAUCCAACUCUGGAAAAAGUUGGCAAAGAUAUUGUGAAGAAGUGUGAUGGAUUGCCCUUGGCAGCUCAAGCACUCGGAGGCUUAUUGCGUGGAAAUUCUGAAGUCAAGUCUUGGAAUCAUAUAUUGAAGAACGAGAUCUGGAAAUCCUCCAAUGACAAGAUCAAAAUUGUUCCAGCUUUAAGAGUUAGUUAUUAUUACCUUCCCUCGUGUCUAAAAAAGUGUUUUGUUUAUUGUUCCAUAUAUCCCAAGAGUUAUGAAUUUGAUAAAGAUGAAUUGAUCUUGUUAUGGAUGGCGGAGAAUCUCUUACAACCAGUAGGAGAAAAGACUCUAGAAGAAGUUGGUGACGAAUAUUUUGAUGAAUUAUUUGUGAGGUCAUUUUUCCAACCUCAUAGUACCAAUGAAAAGACAUUUGUGAUGCAUGAUCUUGUGCAUGAUUUGGCAAUGAUCUAUGCUGGAGAAUUCUGUUUUAGAGCAGAAGAGCAUGAAAAUGCUGUUGAGAUUGAUAUUAAAACCCGUCAUUUAUCACAUAAUGCUAAAGGCAAUUAUACAAUCUCAAAACUUCUAGGAGUUUGUGCUAGAGUAGAACAUACAAGGACAUUUCUUGAAAUCAAUUUGUCACCAAAUAUCCCAUUUGACAUGGAAAACACACCUUGUAUCUUGUUGUCAAAAUUGAAGCGCCUUAGAGCUUUGUCGUUCAAAUGCUUUCCUCUUGAGUCGGUGCCUGAUUCAAUAGGUGAGUUGAUUCAUUUGCGUUACUUGGAUCUCUCUGGAACCUACAUUGUGACAUUGCCCGAGUCUUUGGGUAAUCUUUACAAUUUGCAGACCUUGAAGCUGAUUGGAUGUGAAAAAUUGAAAAUGCUUCCGGAUGGCAUGCAGAAUCUUGUAAAUUUAAGGCAUCUUGAUAUUAGAGCAACUUGUUUGCGCGAGAUGCCGAAAGGCAUGAGCAAAUUGAAAAGUUUGCAGUUUCUAAGCGACUUUGUUGUUGGGAAGCAUGAAGAGAACAAGAUCAAAGAACUGGGAGCACUUGCGAAUCUGCGCGAAUCAAUUUCCAUCGACAAAUUGGAGAAUGUGGUCGACAGCAGUGAAGCUUGGGAGGCAAGAAUGUUCGAUAAGGAUGGCAUUGACUCUUUGAAGUUGAGUUGGUCGUCAAAUAAAAGUAGGGAUGUAGUUUUUGCUUUUGGUGUCAAAAAGAAGGAUGCAGCUGAUUCCCAAAUUGAAAGAGAUAUACUUGACAAGUUACAACCUCACAGUAAUUUGAAAGAAGUAGAGAUAUGUGGUUACAGAGGCACAACGUUCCCAGAUUGGUUGGGAAAUUCUUCCUACCACAACAUCACCACACUAACCCUGCAACAUUGCAAUAAAUGUUCUGUGCUUCCUUCAUUUGGACAAUUGCCCUCUUUGAAGCACCUUACAAUUUCAGAUUUUAAAAGUCUGAAAACUGUGGGUGCUGAGUUUUACAAGGGUGGAUCUUGUCUGGAGACACCAUUUCCAGUGCUUGAAACUCUUACAUUUUGCUCAAUUAGUGACUGGGUGGAGUGGCGUUUAAUGGAGUUUGCAUUCCCUCGACUUGCGGAGCUUACCUUAAGUGACUGUCGCAUGUUGAGAGGAGAUUUGCCGAAUCAUCUACCAUCUUUGCAAUCACUUACCAUUGACAAUUCCAAGUAUCUCCGUUGUUGUCUUCCAAGAGCUCCUGUGAUGACCUCUUUAAACAUAGUUGGUGCUGGAGAAGUGAGAACUAGGGAGCUACCUCCUUUACUGCGUAAACUAUCAAUUCAUGGAAUUGAUCAAGUGGAGCCGGUGGUUAAGGCCUUUCGGCAUAAGCAACUGACUUGCCUCACGUCUUUAUCCAUCUCAGAUUGUUCCUUCCACAUAUCAUUUCCAGUGAGUAGUAUUCCUGCAUCACUACAAGAGUUGACAAUAUCAGGUUGUGUAAAACUAGAACUCGAAAUGGAUGGGCAUCACAAGUCCCUGCAGUCACUGAAUAUAAUUAACUACUAUGAUUCAGCUACAUCCUUCUCUUGGGAUGCCUUUCCAAAUCUCGUGCGUCUCCAAAUCAAGGAGUGUAGAAACAUGGAGUCUAUUGUGGUGUCACAGUCUCUUUCAUGUCUUCGGUCUUUAUAUAUAUCCGGUUGUUGGAGUUUGAAGUCAGUGUCAACGCUAUGGAUGGCAGCACCUCAGCUAGAGGAUCUCACAAUACUGGAAUGCCCAGAGAUUGAAUUGACUCCUACAGGGGAUGGGGAUCCACAUUGUAGCCUGAAAUCUCUUACUAUCAGCUACUCCAAACUAAUCAGUUGUGCAGCAUUCAUGAAUUUGCAAUUUUAUGGACUUACUCAUCUUCGCAUUUUCGGUGAAUAUAAGGAGAGUGUGAAGUGCCUCCCAAAGGAAGGUUGGUUGCCUGCCUCACUUGAGUCUCUCACACUUUUUUACAUUCAAAGUGUGGAGACGUUGGAAUGCAAGGGACUUGCUCAUCUCAACUGUCUCCAACAAUUAAGUAUUCAUCAUUGCUCCAAGUUGAAGAAUAUUGAGGGAGACAAGCUGCCUGCCUCUCUAAAACAACUCAUCAUCAAAGGAACCCCUUUGUUGGGAAGACGGUGCGAGGAGAAGGAUCCAGAGGUUUGGCCCAAAAUCUCCCAUAUCCAUGGUAUUCAAGUUGAUAGCAGAUGGAUUUUGUAAUCUAACAACUUCAACAGCUUAUCCAUGGAGCCAACAUCACAACUUCUGCAGCUAUGGUUUUUCUUUUUCUGCAUGAAGUUUGGGGUUCUCAUAGAAAGCCACGUGGCCAGAGCCAAUUCGUACAUCUGCUGCAGGGUCAAUCAGCUCCAGCUUGAGGAAGUGCCAAAGGAAUACCAGGAAAAGACCUCAUUGCCAUCAUAAUAUUGACCAUUAUCAAAUUGAUAUAGUCCUUCUUAUUGGGAAAAAAAUUUUACCUUUAGAAUUUCGGUUCAUGUGUAUGUUACUCUUUAAUUUUUUUUUUCCUAAACCAUUUGAUAAGAAAUUUCAGACACACGAACUAAAGUUUAGCAGAUAAAUUCAUUUUUGCUUUAGUUAUUGGGGUUUAUACACGUAUUAUUGGGGUAAAUUCAUCAUUUGCUAUUCUUUUGCAUACACGUAUUUAUU